AUGCUUUUGGAGACGUCUGUGGGGUAUCGUGAUCCUGUCAGCCUCUCGCCUCUCAGGAAAGUUCACAUCGUGCUCGCAGGAAUUCUCUUCAUAUUCAACAGUGCAUUCGGCUCGUCGCUGCCAUCGGGAGCUCACGAUGCAAUCGCAGACUACUUCCACCUCGCCCACGACGACACGAAACUGGUACUUCCAAACUCGCUUUACCUCGCUGGAUUCGCGAUUGGCCCACUCAUAUUUGGACCUCUAAGUGAGCAUGUCGGUCGAAAGCCCGUCUUGAUCGGCACCUUCAGCGGAUAUCUCAUCUUCACCAUGGCAUGUGCCCUGUCCCCAAAUUUUCCCGCUCUGCUUGUGUUCCGUCUUCUGGCUGGCCUCAACGCAGCGUCGCCUAAUGCUGUCAUUGGAGGACUAUAUGCAGACAUCUUGGACGACCCCAAGACGAGAGGAAUUGCAAUGGCUUUAUUCAUGGUCGUGACAGCAUUUGGUCCUCAACUGGCACCUCUUGUCUCUGGUUUUGUUUCUGAAGUCUCCUGGCGCUGGGCGUUUUGGGUGGGCUUGGCCGCCGGGGGUGUGGGAUACCCGUUGAUUGUAUUCAUUCCCGAGACGUAUGUACCGGUCUUGAAAAAAAGACAUGCGCAAAAGAUGGCUCGACUGGGGGUGAGGGACCCGACACUGGAUGAAGGGAUUCGUUCGCGAGGUAUAGCACUUGAGACAGACGGUGUGUUGCAAAUCUUCUUGCGACCGUUCAAGAUGAUUGUGACCGAACCGAUUCUUUUGUUUGCAUCGCUAUUCAUGGGCUUUACGUAUGCGCUGUUUUACCUCUAUUUCCAGGCGUAUCCAUUGAUCUUCCAAGUCAGCGUGGGAGCAUUGGUAUCAUUUUCGCUUUUCUUGGCAUAUGGAUCCUGGCAUUCGAAGGCCGUUCAGCGGGGCAAGGAGUGGGCUAUGCAGGAGGAAUACAGACGCCUGCCACUCGCGGCGCUCGGCGCACCCUUACUCCCAAUCGCUCUCUUCUGGCUGGGAUGGACAUCCAAGGCAUCGAUUCAUCCCGUGGUUCCCAUAAUGUCUGGUUUACUUUUUGGCAUUGGAUACAUUCUCAUCUUCAUGGCCAUGAUCAACUAUUUGACAGAUGCUUAUAAGCAGUAUUCUGCAUCUGCGCAGGCUGCUGCUAGCACUUUGCGAUCUUGCUUCGCUGUAUGUCUGCCGUUGGCCACAAAUUCACUGUACGGGAACCUCGGAAUCAAUUGGGCGAGUUCGAUUUUGGCAUUUGUUGCCAUCCUGCUCGCCGUGAUCCCGUUUGUCUUUAUCCGGUAUGGGCAGUGGAUUCGAAGCCAUAGUCCAUUUUCUCAGCGGGUGAUGAAGGGGCAGUUGGCUGGUGAGAGCCCAGUGGAAGGUGAUCCCGUUCUCUGA